CAGAGCUUUCAAUAUGGCAAAGAAAAAGAAAAAGACGACGGGCAUUGUCCGCGGGUACGCAACAGUGAGCGCGCCAAAACCUACUGCUGGUGUUCAAGAACAGGAGAGCGUAGCGCAAAGCGACUCACCAUUGCCACCAACACCACCACCACUGGGUGAAGAUAAUGACAAGGAGAACCAUGCAAAGCCAUGCAAUGACGAACAAGGCGACCCCACAACUACUGACCACACUGCCGCUACCCGUCUCGCCCGCCUGCAACUGUCCUCCACACUUGAAAAGUCCAGUCAGCGCCUAGCCAGCCGACUCCCAACCCUCCACCUCACGCCUACCCUCGAACACGCCUUAAUUACCCACCUCUCCUGUACCUCCUUCCUAACAACCCACGACUGGUUCGCUCCAGAAAGCACUCUCCCAACCUCGCUCAUUCGCCUCCAUUUUGUAUAUCUCUAUCUCCAACAUUUGGGAUUCACUCCUGACGUAAUCGAAAAGGCUAUGCUUGCCGUCGGUGGACAAAACGUAGAGGGGAUUGUGCAGUGGAUUUGUUUGUCGGUUCCGAGUGAGGAGCUUCCAAAUGGGUUUGCCAAUGUCGAGCAUAGAGAUGCGGUGAUUAGGUUUGUGGCGGUUGGUGAUGGGAAUACGGGGGAGCGAGAUGCGGUCAUUGCGAAUGUGGAUGGUGAGAGUGUUUGUACCGAUGAGGCGGAGCUAUCACGUAAUGAUACGGCUGAACAAGUGACGGGCCAGGAUGAUGAGACCUUAGGGACCGGCAACGAUGAUGAAGAGGAAAAGGGAGUACUUGAGCCGUGCACGCAAGACUGUCCCACUGUAUCAAAGCCCUCAACAGUCGAUUCAGAGGUCAAAUCAUGGAUCCUGAACCGCGAUUGGAGUGACUCUGACGACGAUUCGUCCACUGAAACCCCGCCACCGGCACCGACGCCCCGCUAUGCUACACUCGCACUCACUCUUGAGGCACUCAAAGAUGCUGCUGCCGAAGCUAAAACCAACCGUCGCUCAAGUGAGCAAAAGUCAGUUGGAGAACAGAUUCGCAAGGUUAUUGCGGAGAUGAGGGACUUGGAGACUUGCAAGGGGUUUGUGAGGGGUGAAGCGGAACGCUUGAUUGAAGAGGGGAGAAAGAAGAGAGCAGUGACAGAGUCUUUUGCAUCCGUCAAAGAAUUACCGACUACAGAAAAAUCAGACGAAAAGAAUAAGGAAGAAGACGAAGACUUUGAAAUUGACAUUCUCAACACUAUCUUGGCCGAAUCGCCCACAUCACCUACACGCUUCACACCUCAAGCCGUCCUCCAAACUGCACCCUAUACCAUCCCCAAGACCUGGACAGGCUCCACACCCAAAGACCUCCUCCAAACCCACCUAUCUCGUCUUUCCGUCACACCUAAAUACUCUCGCACGCGGUCAGACAACGGGUGGAGAGUUAGUGUCCGCUUCCCCGGUACACCUCCCGAAGAGGUGACUAUAGAGAUUGGAAAUGGGGGGUGGAAAGUCGCUGAACAGAUUGUCGCUACCAAGGCACUAUACAGCCUUGCACCGCACCUUCCCCUGCAUCGCUCCCUCCCACCUGCAUACAAAGAACUCUGGCUCAACAUGGAGGAUGAGGAACGUCGUGCUGUGGAGGCUGAAACCCGUGUUGGUGAGGAGAGAAGGAUGCGGUUUUUGGAGGAUUUACGGAGAGUUCGGGAUGAGCGGUUACGGUCCUAUGCCUCUACUCCCACACCCGUGACACACGACGAUCCUCCUCCACCUCCCAGCCCUCGUUUACCACCCUCCACCUGGGCAACUCGAAAGCAAUCGGCACAGUACAUAUCCUUAUUGAAAGAUCGGCAAGGUUUACCUGUCUACAAAGCACGGCAGGAGAUAUUGGCGUUGAUUCAAAGUCAUCGAGUGCUUGUUGUCUCUGGUGAGACUGGGAGUGGGAAAAGUACCCAAAUCCCUCAGUUCAUCGUCGAAGAUGCUGUCGAACGUGGUCAACAUGUUCAUGUUAUUUGUACACAGCCUCGUCGUAUCUCGGCCACAUCGAUUGCCACCCGCGUCUCAGCGGAAAUAGGAGACACUUCUCUUGGAAAUCGGGAGGCAUGGGUUGGAUACCACAUCCGAAAUGAGCGGCGUGUGGGGGUGAAUGCUCGACUGGUGUUUUGUACCCUCGGCGUUUUACUCAAUAUGCUGGAACAUACUGCACAGUUGGAGCAUGUGACGCAUAUUGUUGUAGAUGAGGUUCAUGAACGGGGAUUGGAUAGUGAUUUUUUGGUGCGGGUUUGUGAGCGGUUGUUGGGAGUUCGAACUGAUUUGCGGAUCAUUUUAAUGUCUGCAACAGCCGAUGCGACACGGUUUGCCGCGUAUUUUGACAAGUACGGCCCCGUCCCGGUCUAUACUGUUCCCGGCCGGACUUUUGAGGUCCAAAAACUGUUUUUGGAGGACGUGAUUGAGCAGACUGGGUUUGUCGCUGAAGAAUGGGGGUCGGCCAGAGGACGUGAGGGGUAUGUCGAUAUCUCUGGUCGCGGGGGACGAAGGGCUCGGGUUCGCUUUGAAUGGAAUGAGCCACUCGAUGGAGAUGAUGACGUGGAGGACAAUGAUGGCGACGCUGACAGUGAGGACUUGCCAACAACUUAUUCCCCCCGCACACACCGCGCUCUCCGCACUCUUCGGACGUAUCCCCUUACCCAACCCAACUACGACCUACUCGAGCAUCUCAUCGCACAUCUAACCGCGACGUCCCACUCUGGCAGCAUCCUUGUCUUUCUCCCCGGCCUGGCGGCUAUCAGAACCCUCUCCAGCCGCCUCGCACACCUCUCCAACAUUACCGUUCACGAACUACACAGUUCCCUCCCACCUUCAUCACAGGCCUCUCUCUUUCUCCGAUCACGACAGCCAAAAGUCAUCCUCUCCACCAAUAUCGCGGAAACGGGUAUCACUAUUCCAGAUGUCACGAUCGUCAUCGAUACUCUCCUGCACCGGCGUCUCACCUAUGACCCGAAAAGAGAUUGCACCCGGUUGGUGGAUAGACUGUGUUGCAAGGCAUCUGGACGCCAACGUGCUGGUCGGGCCGGACGUGUUUCAAGUGGGACGUGGUACGCGCUUUUGGAACGACGUCGCUGGGAAUCUUUACCAGAGCGUGACCCACCAGAUAUGGCCUUGUUACCUGUCACAGAACUUGCACUCAAAAUCCGUUCAUGCGCGUUAUUCUCUCCCGAUGAAUCCAUCGACUCGGUCCUCGCUGGAUGUCUUGACCCACCUCCUCCGCAGCACACUCGCAAAGCCAUCACCAUUCUCCAAUCCAUGGACGCCCUCGAUGCAAAUGAACAAAUUACACCACUUGGGAGACUUUUGUCGCGUAUCCCGCUCGAUGUCCGGUUGGGGCUUGCAGCACUCUUUGCCGCUCGUAUGGGACAAGAAUGCUUGAAUGUUGUUGUGGGUGGAUUGGCGUAUUUGACAUUGGGGAAGCGAGUUGUGAUUGACGAAAGUCUUGGGAUACAUUCUGCGUCGAUUAAAUACUCUACAUCGGAUGUGCUCAGUGUAGGGACCCUUCUUCACCAAUUCCGCACGACACCCACCCCACGCGCAUGGUGUCGUUCGCAUAACCUUCAUUACGACACUUUUCUCUCCCUCCAAGACCUCGCUGUCUCCAUAUCACGAAUCAUAUCAUCUCUCGCCCUUACUCCACUUCCUGUUGCCCCGGCUCCUUCUCUGGCCUUGCUACUGGGAACAUACCCAGCCCUGUACGCUUCUCAUCCGACCUUUCACGCCCUUCAUUCCACCACACCCGCGCAUUUAACUCCCAAUCCCUUCCUAUCGAAUUUACCCAAAGGACUGUACACGUCCUUUGCGCCCCGAAUGACGAAUCGCGGUGUAGCGGUCAGCGACGUGACUGGUGUGCGGGAAGGUGAUGUUUUAUUGGCGUGGGGUAUGAGAAAAGGAGAAUUGGAUUUGGGUGGAGGGGUUUUGGUUGGUGGGACGUGGUUUGGGUGUGUGAUCAAGAGUGUUUUGGUUGUUAGGGCUUUUUGUGAAUCUUGUGGGUGGACUCUGCCGCGUUGAUAAGAUUGACGACAAUUAUUUUGAAAGUUGAGGUGCUUCCAUAUUCCAAUGUAAAUUAUAUUGACAUCUCCUUGUAAUUGCGGAAAUGGAAUGCGGUAUGGUAACGGAACCAUGUACCAUAUGUAAGUAAAAGCACAAAACAAAUUGACAAUAUUCAAGAAAAAAAAAGGUAUAUAGUACAUCAAAAGUCAA